CAUAUUCGUAUGUGUACCAAAUUACAGGAUCUACUUACACAGAGAACUAGUCCAAUAUCCUAUGCUUUCAUUUGUCUUACUUUUCAUAAUUUAGGGAAAAGGAGGGUCUAGUCCUUAUAUCGUAACUCCUAACAAAAACCAAGCAGUCAAGCCUUCAAAACAAGAAAGUAGAUCAAUGGGUGCUUGUAGCCCACCAAUUUCCCAUCUUCUUCCCAACCCCAACAAAACCCUAAUCACUGUCAACAAAAGGAAGCCCUUGUUCAUCAUCGUUUCCUCAUCUUCGAAGCCCCAAUUAACAAUACAAAGGAGACAAUUACUGUUGCUUUCUCUUCCAAUUUCAAUCACAACGAUUCAGCUGAGUUGCUAUUCGGGUUCAGCUGUUGCAGCGUCUAUUUUCGAUCCGGUUACGGAUGCCGAGAGAGCUGCGAGCUCGGAGGUAUCCCGGAGAGUGGCGGAAGCGGUGGAGCUUCUUGAGAAAGGCAGGGAAUUUCAGGCCCAGGGUGAUUAUGUCCAAGCUCUCAAAUACUUUACACAGGUUGUAAGAGAAUACAAAGACUUUGCUCUUUCAGAGUACGCAAGAGUUGGUAGAGCAUUAGCCUUAUAUGAAGUUGGAGACAAAAACGAAGCAAUUGCAGAAAUGGAGGAUGUUUCCAUUUCUUUAAAAGGAAGUCCAGAAGUGCAUGCAGCUCUAGCAGCAGCAUUAUACUCUGAUAAGCAUGCACCUGUGCUUGCUGAAAACCAGUUCACAAUAGCAACUCUUCUUGAUCCAAAAUAUACGGAUCUUGGAUAUGUAAAAGAUACAAAGCAUUGGCCUCCAAGUUUGGUUCAAUCUUUACAAGAUUUUAUUACAUUAUCUUAAGGUGAUACACACACUACAAUAUAAUAUAUAUAUUAUAGUAUUUCAUUCGAUACAAGAACAUGAAGCAUACAAAAAUAUACGUGUAUAUGUCCUUGUUUUGUGCAAUUUACUAUUUCAUA